AUGUGGCUGCUGAAAACAGAGGACUUUCAGCGAUGGAUCGGCAGUCAAGAGCAGAUUCUGUUCUGUCCUGGAAUCCCGGGCUCUGGAAAGACAGUCCUAUCAUCCAUCAUCAUUGAUCAUCUAGAGCAAAUGUUCCCCGACCAAGAGGACGUUGUAAUCGCAUAUCUCUUCUGCGAUUAUAGGCAACAACAAACACUUACUGAGCUCUACUCGGCUCUUCUGAGACAAGCCGUACAACGAAAACCUUCGAUACCCGAGAGUGUCAAAUCAUUUUACCAAAAAUACUCGACAAAAUCAGCCAGUCCUUCAGAGGAAGCGAUUCUCGAUGAAUUACGAUCUAUCUUCACUUCGUGCGCAAGAGCUUUUGUCGUGAUCGAUGCCCUUGACGAAUGCCCAGUUUCUGAUGGUAACGGUAGUAGUGUUCGCCAUUCAUUUCUUCGUGAGCUCGUGCGUUUGCAGAACGAAGCGGGUUUUAAUCUUCUCGCGACUUCUCGACAGGACCAGGAAAUCGCAGCUCAUUUUGAGGGUGCUGCUUCCGUGGAGAUACAGGCAAGCAGUGAAGACAUCCAGUACUAUGUAGACUUUCGUCUAUCUGAUCUUCCGUCUUUUGUCCGAAAAAGAGAGAAAUUGCAACAGUCGAUCAAGGACAGUAUCACCGAAGCAGCCAAAGAUAUGUACGAAUCUAUCCGUCGUAGUAGUGGAAAUGGAGAGCUUCUAAUUUGCCUUAGGUUUCUUCUUGCUCGGCUUUAUUUCAAUCUUCUCUUGGAUGAAUCGAACGAAAAGGGGAUUCGAAGAAUGCUAGAACAGUUCCGCACUGGUUCUCAGUCCAACGCUUAUGAUCAUGCCUAUAGUGAGACCAUGAGCAGAAUCGAGCGUCAAGGGGCGAAUGCUUCGGGCCUUGCAAAGAAAACCAUCGGAUGGAUUAUACACGCCAAAAGAAACCUAACUGUCGCCGAGCUUGAACACGCGCUGGCAAUCGAGCUUGAGAGCUCCGAAUUUGACGAGACCAAUAUUACCGACAUCGAGCAAUUGACUUCGUAUUGCUGUGGUUUAGUUCUUGUCGACGAGCAAACGACCGAAGUGAAGCUUGUCCACUACACCACCCAAAAUCACUUUGAAAGAGCCCUAAAGAGCUGGUUCCCCGAGAUUCUUGACCAUAUCACGGACAGUUGUUUGACAUACAUGUCAUACAACGUAUUUGAGGAUGAUCGAUUUGAAGACAAAGAAGAGGUUAAGAACAUUCCAAACGAAUACCCAUUCUACAAUUAUUCAUCUCUGAAUUGGGGACAUCAUUUCCGUGAAGCGCCUGGGGACCGGUCGAUCCUCCUAAAUUUUAUUCAGAGCAAAGCCAAAUUAGCUGGAUAUGACCGCUGCGGUUUUGAGACUUCGAAUUGGAAACCUGAGCCGAAAACGAGCGAUAUAAAGGCGGAACAUAUUGCUGCCUAUUUUAACCUGGAGCAACUGAUGCAAGAGCUUCUUGUGAUAAACCCAGGCAAUGUGAACAUUCAAGACUCGAGGAAACAGACACCCUUGUUCCUGGCUGCAAGUCACGGGCAUGAAUCAAUGGCCAAGUUGCUUCUGAAUAUGGGCGCCGAGGUUGAUCUCCUAGACACGGAUGGAAAAUCACCAUUGUAUGCGGCUGCAAACCAAGGCUAUGAGAGGAUAGUCCAGUUACUCCUGGACAAGGGCGCCGACAUUGAAAUGAGAAACUCAAGCAGCGAGACUCCAUUAUACGUUGCCGCAGGCAAUGGCCAUGACAUCGUGAUCACGCUACUCCUGGAUAGAGGCGCCAAUGUCGACUCUAGGAACGAUGGUGAUAGGACUGCAUUACAUGCGGCUUCAAUGGAUGGUAGUGUGAAAAACGUCAAGGCGCUUCUAAGUAGGGGCGCCAACCCGUUAAGCAAGACCAAGGACGGUGAAGUCCCGUUACAUGACGCAUCAUUGAACGGCCAGCUGGAAGUGGUCAAGCUAUUCUUGGAGAAGGGUGUAAGCAUUGACAUAGCCAACAAUCAAGGGGAAACGCCACUACUCAAGGUUGCGGAUUAUUUUCUCUAUGCAUUGGUUAACCAGGAAAAUCACGAUGCCACAUUCAGGCUUCUCCUGAGCAAGGGUGCCAACACUGAAGCCAAGACUAAGGACGGAGAAACUGCGCUGCAUCGGACUGCAGAAAAAGGAUGGGAGACACUAACGAGGCUUUUAUUGGACUAUGGGGCCAACCUCGAAGCCAAAAUCAGCGUCAGCAUAACGCCAUUACUCUUGGCUGUCAGUAAAGAGAGGGUAAAUAUUGUCCGAAUGCUUCUAGAUCGGGGAGCCAGCGUUGCUCCGAUGAGUCGAAGCAGGCGAACGCCAUUGCAUUUCGCAGCCAAAACAGGCAAUGAGGCUAUAGUUACCAUGCUCUUGGACAAGACGACCGAAGUCGAUGUCUUUGAUAAAUCUGGCUACACUCCAUUGUUUUGGUCUUCCUUGAAAGGGCAUGGGACUGUGUCAAGGCUUCUCUUGAGCAGGGGUGCCAAUCCCAACUCCCCAACCUCCGGGGCCCAACAAUUACCUUCCACAGCCACCGAGGGCGGCCAUAAUGUGGCUUUAAGGGCGUUGCUUGAGCAAAAUAGCAAACUCGAUGAAUUUAAUGUGCAUCAGCGAACUGCAUUGCACAUGGCGAGUGCUGGCGGAAACACGUCGAUAGCAAAACUUUUGCUCUCGGCUGGAGCAAACCCAGAUACCCAAGAUCGAUAUGGACGAACACCACUGUUUAAUGCUGUCUGCGGAGGUCGUUUUGACAUGGUUCAACUGCUUCUCGGCGUACCCGGCGUUGACAAGUGCCGUCCCGACAUCUGGGGGCUCACUCCUGCCCUCGAGGCCCAGAAGAGGGAACUACAUGAGAUCAACCAGCUCCUUCGUGGCGAAGGUGAAAGGGUGGAAUCAGUCCUGGUACCAAGUGCGGAACCAGGUGCGGAGUCCUUAUCCACGAAACAAACAGGCUCUCGAUCUUGUGAUCUUUGCCUAGGAGCCAUUUCCGAUAAAGAAGAGUACUAUACGUGUGAGUAUUUUGACAUAUGCCGAUUCUGCCCCCCUGUGCAGACCAAUAGCUGUCCAGUGUGUGGAAACCAGCUGGGGAAAGAGAUCUACAAGUCUCCUACUAUCCCGUGGCAGGAGCAAUGCGUAUGCAUGUAA